AUGAAUACAUUCGAUAGGCUCCCAUACGACGUCUCUCUCAUCAUCACAUACGCAGCGGAGUGGGUUUCCCUCGAAAGCCUCAUGGAAGUCUCCCAGCGGGUGGGUUGGCUCUUUGACGGUGGCCCCGACGUGGAAGCAGAUCGAGAAGCCAUUCGUCUGGUCGAAUGCAUUCUUGAAGAUAACCCUAUGAUGAACCACAAGCUGCAUCACAAAUUCCGCAUUUGCAUGCAUCUGCGUCAACCUUCAUAUGACAAGAACUUCAAAAAGUUCAAGAGAUGGGACUAUAAAAAGUCGUCCUUGACUUCAACUUCGUCAAUAUCCCGAGGUUCCUUGCGGGACACCGUGAUCGUCGCGGCCAACAUUCAGCGGCUCGCGUGCGCUUGUUUAACGACUUACUUGAACCGGACCCGAGAGUUGCAGCCACGGUUCUUGGAGAAAUUCGGAGCUGUGAUACGUGACGCAGGCCCUGCUUCGUGGGUUGAGGAGUAUCGAGUCUAUGAAUCGCUAUGGCAUUACCAGUUAGCCUGUGACCUAGUUGAUGCUACCUCCAGAUUGGAAUGGUCUACAAAAGACAUCAAUCACUUGCGGCAGUGGCUGUCGGAGUCGGUGUCGAGGAUCCUGUAUGAAGAUGGAUACAUACUUGACUCCGUAGUUGAUUGCCUGGAAGACAUGUGCCACGUUCCUUUACUCGAUAUACCGACCUCACUAUCUCUUCUGGAAUGGAAAACAUACAGGUCUUACUUUCUUGAUCGCCUCCCGCAAGCGUCUCAAUUGCGCUGCGAAUAUGCAGUCUGGGCUCCUCCCGUUCCUCCUGUCAUUGCUGAAGAUGAUCGUGGCCCAAUCAAUCCUUGGGGCCGGGACCCGAGAAGCUAUCGGACAACGAAUGUACCUACCACCUGGGCAGCCCGUAAAUAUGGCCUGUCACUAUGGGACCGCUGGCGGUUAUAUUGCCUUGGGCUUUAG